GCCGCGCUAGAGAAUCCAACAUGGGUCCAAUGGGUCUAUAUCACGUCUCUUGUCGUCCAAACAGGCGACAGCAUACUUUUCUGGGUUGAACGUGGCUUUCCCAUGUUCGCUCCAUCUACUGGGAACAUCACACCGUUCUCCAGGGUAUUAUUGAGGGCGUACGCAAGUAUGCUGUUCCCGUUCAAAUUGACCGCAUUCUUGUUGCGACACUAUCACAUUCGAGACACAGACGUCGGGUUCACGAUAGGAUCUUGCUUUGCGUUGGCGCACACUAUGACGCUAGUGGCCUAUGGUCGUGGUGCUACCACUGUCGGAAGAGGCGGCAUUAGACUCGAGCCUUUUGCUGGGAUCAUGCUUGCUCAUAGCAUUUGGGCCGGUGAAGGCGUGGAUGCGCUCAAGAAAACCUCUUUGGCCUUCCCAAAUCUAACAAAGACUAUGUAUACUGCAUGGGUACCCUGCCUGGCCUAG